CCCACGACUCGGCCAACCACUGCACCAACAACUGAGCCCACGACUCGGCCAACCACUGAACCAACACCUGAGCCAACACAGACGCCGACAACAACACAAAAGCCCAGUACUGAACCAAAUCCUACGUCAGAGCCCACACCCGACACAACAGCCGAACCCACACAAGAGCCUACGUCUGAACCGACAACUAAAGCAACACCAGAUCCUACACCUGAACCCAGUACUGAACCCACACCAGAGCCAACACCUGAACCCACACCUCAAACAACACCAAAACGCACACCUGAGCCGACCCUCGAGCCGACCACCAGUGAAGAGCCACUAACUGAGAUCACAUCCGAGUCGACCCCCAAACCCAUCACAAGCACAACAGAUGGUGAGUCGAGCACCGGUGGGUCGACCACACAAACCACACCCACAGAUGUGCCCACAGAGAUACCGACGACCACACCGUUCGUGUGUCCGGUGGAGGACAUGGAGACCGGAUGUCGGGGUGAGAGGGACUGUCUGUACCCGAACCCCGAGAGCUGCAACACAUACAUCCAGUGCACUGUCAACCCGGACGGCACAGGCAAUCAACAGGUGAUGCCCUGCGCUAUAGAUCUCGAGUGGAACGACCAGAAGAAACAAUGCGAUUACAAGAAUCAGUCCACGUGUCCCGACCCAACUCCAUGUCCCGACCCGGAGCCCACAUCUACUACUACCCGAAUGCCGCCAACGCCUACUACCGGUUCCACUGAUCAGCCAACAGAUCAGACAACCCACGGAUCUACUGUUACUGAAGAGCCCAUCACUGCUACGCCGGAGCCGACAGAUGAGACAACUCUAGACACUACCACAGACGAGACAGUAACCCAUGGAUCCACUGAGCGAUCAACUCAGGGAUCCACUACUGAAGAGCCCGUCACUACUACUCCGGAGCCGACAGAUGAGACAACUCUGGACACUAUCACUGAAGAGGCCUCAACCCAAGCAUCCACUGAGCGAUCAACUCAGGGAUCCACUACUGAGGAGUCCACUGAAGUGCCCACAACUCAUGAGACAACUCUGCCAUCAACUGAGGGGUCGACUCAGGGAUCCACUACUGAAGAGCCCAUUACUACUACUCCGGAGCCAACAGAUGAGACAACUCUGGACACCACCACACAAGAGUCCGUAACCCAUGGAUCCACUGAGCGAUCGACUCAAGGAUCCACUACUGAAGAGUCCACUGAAGUGCCCACAACUCAAGAGCCGACAGACGAGACAACUCUGGACACAACUCCUGAGGGUUCAACACAAGAGUCAACGGACAGGACAACAGUGGAGACGACUGCGCGGCCAACCGCUCGGCCGACAUCCGGACCGGCGUUUGUCUGCCCUCAGGAGGACAUCAUCAGCACCGGGUGUGAGGGCCCGAAGGACUGCCUCUACGCCAACCCCCAGAACUGUCACACAUUCAUUGAGUGCACCGUUAACUCGGAUGGUGUGUCGGGAACGCCGCGAGUGAUGCCCUGCGCGGCACAACUCGAGUGGAAUGACCACAAAAAGGAGUGCGAUUACCCCGAGUUCAGCACCUGUCCCGACCGCUCCACCCCUCGCCCCUCAACCACUUACUCGCCCACCGAUACUACGGUUACCGAAGAGCCCACCACUAGUCCGGAGCCGACAGAUGAGACAACUCUAGACACCACAACUGAAGACACGGCCACUCAGGGAUCCACUGAGCGAUCGACUCAAGGAUCCACUACUGAAGAGUCAACAGAAACGCCCACAACUCAAGAGCCGACGGAUGAGACAACUCUGGACACCACAACUGAAGACACGGCCACUCAGGGAUCCACUGAGCGAUCGACACAGGGAUCCACUACUGAAGAGCCCAUCAUUACUACUCCGGAAUCAACAGAUGAAACAACUCUAGACACCAUUACUGAAGGAUCAACUGAUGGGUCGACUCAGGGGUCCACUGAAGAACCGGUGGAUACGACUACAGCGGAGUCCACAGAUGUGCCCACUACUACUGAAGAGACUAGCGAUGGACCGACACAGGGAUCAACUGAAACGCCUAUCGAUAGAACGACGGGCGCUGAGCCCACACAGGGAACCACUGAUGAAACUGAAGAGCCCACAACUCAGGAGCCGACAGACGAGACAACAGUCGACACAACCACUGAAGAGCCGACAGACGCGCCGACAACACCCGAUCGGUCGACAACUGAGUCGCCGGUCAGCACAACGGGAGGUACGUCCGCACCGCAGACCUCAUCAACAAUAUUUACCUUCACAUCGACGGAGCGGACGACUACUGGGGCUCCGGUAUGCGAUCCCGACGGCGAUGACGGAGCGGAUGACGGCCUAGACUUGAAGUCCUUGUGCGGCGAUGGAGAGGGAGGCACCGGGUGUUCGGCCCGUCGACUGAUCCCUAACCCCAAUAGUCAAAAGAGGUAUAUCAUGUGCGCCGGCGCUGACGGUCAGGAUAAUAGUAUUGGUAAAUGCAGUCCCGGUUUGCUGUUUGACAGCCGGCGCCUGACCUGCGAUUACGCCGGACUCGUCAACCCUCUCGGCCCU